CUCAACGAAAUGGAGGCUGAACAAAGGGACACGACAAUGAACUCAGAAGGAAAUACUGUUAUACCCCUCUUUGCGUCAUUCCAAGAAUACUUGUCCAAUGACCAAGAGAUAAGAGAGGUAAGCUUUUCGAAGGUCUCGCUGUCUCAGGGAACUUUGAUGUUUAACUUUAUUUUGUGGAAAAGUGUUGUAAGUUAAAGCAAAUCAAUAACUGAUGCGCACGUGCUUAGUAAUAAAGUUGGUGUUGUAAGCUGUUCCAGGCUAUAUGUUAUAUAUUUUACUUCUCCUAUUGCCAUAGAAAUACAAAGAAUUACUCGUCAGAAAAAUUGUUGUUUUGAAGAUUUGGGUGGUUUUUCAGAUUAGUUUGCCUCUAAAUCGGGAAUCCGCAUGACCUGGGUUUUUUGCCUUUGACAACACUUUGACCAUUAACUUAACCAGUGACUUGCAUCAAAUUACUCUAUCACCCUAAAUCAAACAUUAAGGUCACGUGAACAAAGGAAAUGACUACCAACUUAAGAGGUUCGUAAGGUCCUUUCAGACCUUGCAAAAUGUAUAAAUGGUAAUAUUAUGGAGAACAUGGGUUAAUAAAAAACUAACUGGGAAGGGGGAAACUACAUGAAUAUCAAGAAGUUAAGGGUGGAAAUUUGAUUUUUCAAGUUUAAUUGAACAACCACUCUGCAGAGUAUGCCAAAUGCAUGCAUGAUCUUUUUCAUGCUAUUACUUCAGAAACAUAGCUUUUCUACUCACGAGCUGUAUCUUUGCAUGCAUGAGUCCAUGGAGCUGUUUCUAGCAUGAUCUGCAGACUUAAGAAAGAAAUACCACUAGCAAGCCAGAGAUGAUACAUUAUAAGACAUCCAUGUAAGAUAAUGAAAAUGUUCAGUUUUUAAAACAAAUAUUUUCUAGUGAACUUGUAGCACUGAGUGCAAAUUCCCCUUUUUUAGGAAAUCAAAACAGUGACUAGAGACUUGGAACAGUCUGCAAGAGAAAUACUGGCUGUUUUGCAAGCAGUGCAUCAAUCCCCAGGCCCAGAAGGUAUCUUGAUUUGCUUAUUUUGUUUCAAUAUUGUCAAGUAGAUAUUUCUUUUAUUAUGAAGAAGGUGAUCAGAAUAGCAUCAUUUCUUUUUUGUUAUUUAUACUUGAACUUUGGUGAAAUUUAACCUGACAGGAAUGGUGUUCAUAGGAUAAAAUACCUCUUGACAGAGUUUGUUAGGGCUGUUCUGCUCACAGACCUUGGUUGUGACAUAUGGACCUUCCACUGUGAGCAGUAGAUACUUUUUGUUGUAGAGCCAAAUAUUUCCCCUACUGCCCCACUGCACAGUCAAUGGGUACUAAUUCUUGGAACAUGGUAUUGUGUGACAAGGACACGUAAAUGUUACAUACUUUUUUGUAGAAAUUAAGAAUUUAUUUUUGUUUAUUAACAUCUUAUUGUCAGUCUAAUGAUGUAUACCAACAGUUCAGGGAGAAUUUUGGAUUUAUUUUACUCUUUCAUCCAGCCAUAAAGAAGAUUUGUGCAAAAAGCAGGGAAAUGUUGACUACAGUGAAGUCUCAAUACAAAAAUCUUGUGGAGAAAAUACCUUCUGGUCAGUAUUACAGGUCAGUCAUAUGACAGGCAGGGCUUAUUGAGUAAAGACUUAACCUUUGCCCUGUGGGAAAUAUGGCAUUAAAAACAGAGGAAAUUUCUUAGGAGGACAACUGUGAUCAGCUGUCACAACAUGAAGUGUAUUUUUUCACAUGCAUCAUUUAAGGGUAACCAUAGUGGAAAGACACUCACUCUGGUACACUGCAUUUGAUUUUUCUCAUCUUGAGACUCACAUUGCAUAUUCUUUAGCAUAGGUGUUAUUUUUAAUAUAAUUGUUAUUUUCAUUUAUUUGUUAUCUUUCUUCUCAAAAUCUGAAGAGCACAAAUAAAGGAUUGUUGUUGCUGUUGCUGUGAUAUAUUUUAGGACAAUCCAUACUUGAAUUCCAUUCUUUGGAGUUAAAGACACUCAUGAUCACUGCUUUUAGGCUACUGUUCACAUUUAUCUAAAAUAAGAACAAAACUUAAAGAGGAUAGCUCCAAUGUAAAAUGUAACACUGAUGUUAAUUAGAUAUAGGCCCUCACUACAUGUUAUCCUUGUUAGUAUCAAUUUCGUUGCAGAUUCUGUGAUCACUGGCGCUUUACUAGCCAAAGGUUUGCCUUUCUUGGUGGUUUUAUUGUGUACCUGGAGAGUGAACGACUCAUCACUCGGCUAGAAUUAGCAGAAAUGCUUGGAGGUAGGUGACUGUGAUUCAGACCUGCAGGGGAUGGUUCAUGCAAACGACAUUUACAGGUCGAGCGCAGAUGCGAGAAAGCUAAGAUUAAAUUUUACUUGCGAUGGACUGGCAUUGCAUCCACGUGGAGAAAAAGUACUCCUAGUCCGACUUCAUGCUACAGAAUAAGCACAGGCUGGAUGAGCCAUUAAUCUUUGCUAAUUAUGUGUUUAUGCUUGUCCUUGUAGUUCAAGUAGACAGGACAACGGAUGGUUUUCAUAUCGAUCUGGAUGAUUUUCUCACCGGCCUUCUUCUACUUGCUAAUGAGAUGGUUAGUCUUAUAAGUUUCGCAAAAUUAUAUUUGACUGGUGUGGGACACUUCAUUUUUUAGCGCAUCCUAAAGAGUUAGGGGCUAUUCUUCGACAAAAGCCUAGCCGGAAAAGUAUCUGCUUUUAAAUAUACCUCGUAAAAAAGGCAAAAGCCUUUGAAUUUUCAUAUGCGUAGAAUUAAUAUUCCUGCCAUUUUAAGGGAUAGAGCAGAAGAAGGAACGUCACAACAUGUAUAUAGAGUUUGCUUGCAACAUCGUGGAAAAUACAUGUAUUAUAAAACACUAUUAAUUUUCACUUUGAAUUUAAAAGGAAAAUAGGACUAUGUUGAUCUCCACAAUAGACAUAUUUUGAAAAACACCAAUCCCAUAUAAAGUCAAGUUGAAUUUUCAGUACAACUUUCAAAAGAAAGAGUCUGUCAGGGUUCAUGUUCAUGAUUGUCAUGUACUGAUAUGUUGUCUCCUUUUGUAGCGUCUGUUCUGUGAUGAUUUUAAUACAUUAAUUUAAAGUUGAUAAACUUGUUAAGGCUACUUUAAUUUUCAUAACUGAUUCAGAUACUUUUCAAAUGUGCAUUUAGUUCGUCUUCCCUCCAUCUCACUGAUUUUGUUUUGUUCCAGUCACGGUUUGCGGUGAACAGUGUCACAUCAGCCGACUAUGGCCGGCCUUUCCGAAUAGCUGCCUUUGUGGCUGAACUAGACGCCGGCUUCAGACUUUUGAACCUUAAAAAUGAUUCUCUUAGAAAAAAAUUUGAUGGACUCAAAUAUGAUCUGAAGAAAAUCGAGGAAGUCGUGUAUGAUCUGACCAUUAGGGGACUCAAACCGUCUUCAGAAGAGACGGGUCGACAAGAAAUUUCCGACAGCAAAGCCGGGUUAGAUGUAGGAUCUCCCCCUGGCGAAAAGUAA